AUGGAACAAGUAUGGCAACUGCUUAAUUACGGCUGGCUCUUCAUGUCAGUCGUGGCGCAAAUAUUGAGACUUGGUCUGUGCACUCUGGUGGUAAUGCUUCUGGGGCCUUUGGCCGCUCUAUAUGUAUACGACGUAGGUCUGUAUACAUGGAGAGUGGUGAGGAACCGGGGGUACCGACUGGAGCCCGAAAGAGCGAGGAAUCAGAAGAUAGAGGAGGAUUCAAAGAGUGCUGAAAUAAGUGAUUUCGAAGUGAUCAGCCAUAACGGCAGCAGCAACGACACGAGCAGCAGCAGCAGCAGUGAGAUCAAUCUUGCGUACAAUAGCGACACGGAAUGGGACUCUAUAACGGCGACGUCGCCUGUGGAGCCCGCCCGAGAGCGAGACGAGACGCUUUUAGUGGCCUCUGACGCUAAGUCGACGCCUAGGUUUGGGGGCAUCAAGGGUUCGUUUACCAAGUUCUCGGAUCUUAUUACGGUUACUAUAUCUGCCGGAGCAAGCGAUACAUGCAAGACAGAGAAGUAUGAGCACGAGGUGAAGCUCGUCACAGGCAGGGCCUGA